AUGACAAAGAAACGGAAAUUCUGGGUACGGCCAAUGUUUACGCAUGAAAUGAGGCAAUUACAAGGUGCAAGUGAGAAUUUAGUCGUUGAGACGCAAAUAACCGAUCGUGAAAAGUUCUUCAAUUACUUCAGAAUGACUCCGGAAGUAUUUGAAGAACUGCUAACAUUGCAGCUGACUUUGCGCUGGUUAUCAUCCGGUGACAGUUUAGCAUCUCAUUCGUAUGCAUAUCGCAUUGCCUGCAAUACGGCAUCUAAAAUUGUAAGGGAGACUUGCACUGCAAUGUGGGAGGUCUUGAAGGAUGAAGUUUUUCUGCAACCCACCGCUGAAAAUUGGCAACAGGUUGCUGACGAAUUUCAGGAAAUCUGUCAAUUUCUAAACUGUAUUGGAUCUAUAGAUGGGAAGUACAUUAUCGUUCAGGCUCCUUCGAAUAGUGGCUCGUCCUGCUAUAAUUACAAAGGUAGCCACAGCAUCAACCUACUUGCCGUGAGUGAUGCGAAUGGUUGCUUCAGCAUCGUGGACAUCGAUGCGGAAGGGAGGCGUAGCGAUGCGGGUGUGUUUGCUAGCAGUGAUCUUGCUCGUCUAUUGGAUACGAAUUCACUUCAACUGCCUCCAGACAGGCAUUUGGAUAGUAGCGGAGUUAAAUUUCCAUAUGUCCUAGUAGGGGACGAAGCAUUUCCGCUAACACCUUAUAUGAUGCGGCCAUACCCUCGAA